AUGAACAACGAUGGUCCUACCCCGAAUGCACCUCGAGGCCCAAAUCCAAUCCUAGAGCAGGGUCAACUAGCAUCACCACCGUAUUCCGGAGGAGGAGGACCAAACGACCCGAUGAACGGUGGUUUCCCACCAGGUCCAAGGAGCGCCGGCGGGCCCUCGCCGCCACCUUCUGUCGGCCGAUCGAGCACGGCAACUGAUAUCUAUGCGAGAAGCGAGAGCGGUCGCAGUGGGCGAGAGGCAAAUGUCGAGGCAGUAUUAGGGGAGCACUAUGUGGCGCUCAAGCGCUACCUAUCACAAACAUCGCGCGACGGCAAGCCGAACCCACCUGCGAACAAGGCCCGCGACAAGCUACAGCGCCUGACCGGCGUUCAAUUUCUCGAACUUAGUACCGAUGUGUUCGACGAGUUGCUGCGAAGGCAGGCCUUCAGCCGAAGACCUCCAAAUGCACCGCCCAAUGUCGGUCCACCACCAUACCUAAUUCCGGAGGACACCUUCCACCCCAAGCGGAACCAGGCUCGACAGAAGCUCUCCUCGCUCGGCCCUCCUCGCUUCCGCGAUCUCGCCACAGAUGUCUUUUGCGAGCUGGAACGACGGUAUCCACGCUUCGUGGCUGGUGACAUCCCGCGGUUGUCGAGUCCGGUUUCGACGAGGGCUCCUAGUAGAGCUGGGACUCCCAUGGGCGGAUAUCCCCCACGCGGUAUGGGUAGAAGGCAGCCUAGUAAUGCUAGUUCCAUACGUGGACCUGGGUCAGUAAUCGAUGGCUACGACAUCCCCCCUUCGCCCGGAAUGCCACCUAGUGGCUACGAUCGCCCAACACCGAAACAAUUUCAGAGCAAUACGAUAAUACCGAACAAGAGUACCAUGGUUGAGGAGGACGAUGAAGGACCCGAAGAUGAGCAGGCACAAAGCGCCUAUUCACUGGGUGGAAGGGAGCAGAAUGGUAUCCCAUCAGAAAAUGACAAACGAAUGAUGGAAGAUUAUGAGGUACAAAUACGAGAGCUACGUGAAAAGCUGGACAGCAUGGAGGACCAGUUGAGAAAGAAAGAUGACGAGUUAAACGAGAUACUUGAUGGCGAACGUUCCAGAUCCACUGCCGCAAACGCCGAGAAGACGGAAUUGUCAAACAUGCGCUUGGGGCUAGAGAAUCAGCUCGCGGAGGCCCAGAAUCUGAAUGAGGACCUCAAAGACCAGCUCGAGCGGCUAAGAGACGAACAUGCCAACGAGACCCGACAACUUCGAGAGGAAAUCGAGGAGGCUCGGUCUUCUGUGUCAGAAAUGGGCUCAGGCCGGAACGAUCCCGAGCUGGUGCGCGAAAACGAUGAAUUGCGAGCGGCGCUAGACGAGCAGCGACAGACGACUUUGCAAGUGAGACGAGAAGCCCAGGAGUUCUUGAAGGAGAUGAAGAUGCUGUCUGCGCAGAGCGGUUCAUCGUGGGCCAAGCAAGGCGAACUCGAGAAGACGAUCGAGACCCUGGAGCUGGAAGUCAAGGAUUGGCGUAACCGUUACGCUAGAGCGAGGACUCAGCUACGCAGCAUGCGAUCGUCGUCUAUGAGCAUGUCUGUUGAUCAAGACGCGGGCCGUUACGUCCGUGAAAAGGGCUUUACUGCUGAUUCUGGCCUUGUUAAGGAUGUCCACGUCACCAAGUUCCAGGUUGCCAUCGACGAGUUGCUCAGGCGUGCCCGUGUCGAAGAACCAGACAAGGUCAUCGAUUCGAUGAAAUCCGUUGUUAUGAGUGUGCGGCGCAUCACUAAGGAUCUUGACGCCGCGCCAGCAAGCAACGACCAGUCGCAACAACAGCGGAAGCAGCUCAAGAGCCGUGUUUCCUCGAUGGCGAACAACUUAAUCACCGCUGCGAAGACAUUCGCAACGUCAGCUGGCAUGUCACCGAUAUCUGUACUCGACGCUGCGGCUUCCAACCUUGUUGGAGCGAUAGUCGAUCUUCUACGGGUUGUCAAGAUCCGAAUCACCCCCGACGGAGAGCUCGAGGAAGAGGAUGACGGCACAAUGACACCUGUGGGCUCUGUCGGUGUGUUCUCACCUCGAACCGCCAAGUCGCAGUCCAUACAGAGUGCCUAUCAACAAGACCCUUACCCGCAAGAGUUGCCACCUCCCCCUCCCUUCCAGGGGCUUGGAAGGAGGUCCAGCAUGGACUCGUCUGCGUACAGCCCAUUGAACUCGCCGCGUGAGUCAGUUGAGACAUACAACAAGGCAAAUGGAAACGGAUUCCCACCCGCGUCGAAUGGAUACGGAAUGCGCCGAGUUGACUCCAGGACGGAAGAUCUUAAGGUAUAUCUUGACGAUCAGACCGCCAUCUUGGUGCAGACUAUCCAAAGCCUUGUAGGCUUAAUCCGUGGCGCCGCCGACAUCAGCCGAAUUGAACCGUUGAUCCGCUCUAUCGUCGAGACGGUCGGCAAGGUUAUCUCUGAGACCGAGGCAGCAGGCAAUGGUGACAUGAUCGGACGCCUUGCCGACUCCCAGCAGCGUCUUAUGGAGGCUGGCGAGCGCGGCCAAGACCUGGCAGCCGAUGGCAAGGACGAUCGUGACCGCGAGUGGCGCAUGUGGACACAGACGCUGCCGCCAAUUGCGUUUGAGAUCGCCCGCGAGACCAAGGAGCUUGUCCAGCGCAUCGACCAGUUGAUCUCAACCGGCGACGACUUCUCUUAG